CUCUUCGCCAUCUGCUUUUCCCUAUGGAAUGUACUCCAGCUCUCGGUCAGCACGACGAAUCAGGUCUAUUCCUCAGUUGCACCAAGAUUCCUGAAACAACCAUGGUUGUUUUCAACGGAGGACAAGCAGAGCGCUCUCUCGUCGAAAGCGGAGAGGUAUUUCCGAGACAUCCGCACUACGGAUGACGUAUACCUGUGGCUCCUGAACGUCUUCGUGCCCGCUUUGUAUGGUUCCAAACCGGCGCUCGGGGAUGAGUCGUACUGUGGAACGAGUUUAGGGAAGAUUGAGGAGCAGUAUUUUCUCCGUGUGAAUACAAGGACAAGAUAGCACUUAGACUUCCGAGCGCAUUAAUCAUGACGAUCAGUUUGUAGAUGUGCCAAUUCAGAAGUAACGACAGGACAUACGAUUUUUACCACUUGUUCUUGUUUCUUCCCUUCAUGUCCCACAAAAUGCCUCCUCGGCGAAGGGCGCGUCACACCUGGUCAGAAGCAGUGCCAUGAGUACUUACAAGAGGGCAAAGCGAACUGCAACCUGUGGAUGGGGCCUGGAGCAGCUUGCUGUGAACCAUGUGAAAAUCGAGCGGUCACUGGAGGAGCGCAGCACGACUCUCAAGAAUGUCCGACCUACAAAGUCGAUGACGUCCU